CGUCAAGUCGCGUAAUUGGCUGCGGCGGUGGAGUCUCUGUUAAAUGCCUCUCCAGCUGAAGGAGUGACUCCCCCCCUCUCAGCACUACUGAGCUCUCUCAUCCCAUAACACUGCAAGCGGAGAGCGCACAUUUGGAAUCCUUUAAAAAACUUUCUAUUUAACUUAUUUGUUAUUUUAUUAUUUUUUUUAGUCUGAACCAUGUUUUGGUCGCUGUGCGUACUCGUCGCCUUUGCGUCCGUGCCGGCUGAUGCGCAAAUCACCGGCCGGUACACUGUCGGAUGUCCUUCUCGCUGUGACAAGUCGAUGUGUCCCCGGCUGCCAGCGGACUGCCAGGCGGGACAGACGCUCGACGCCUGCAACUGCUGCCUGGUGUGCGCGUCCGGCGAGGGCGAAGCGUGCGGCGGCAGCGGGAAGCUCGGGGACCCGACGUGCGCGGAGGGGCUGGAGUGCUCGGUCUCCGGCGGGGUGGGCUACACCGUGACGGUGCGGAGGAGAAGCAAGAGUGGGGUCUGCGCGUGCAAAACCACCGAGCCGGUGUGCGGGAGCGACGGGGUGUCCUACCGGAAUAUCUGCGAGCUGAAGAGGGUGAGCCGCCGGGCGCAGAAGCUGCAGCAGCCACCUGUUCUGUUCAUUCAGCGGGGAGCCUGCGGGAAAGUUUCAGCUCAGGACAACAACCCAGACAGCCCGAGACACAAAUACAACUUCAUCGCUGACGUGGUGGAGAGAAUCGCCCCGUCUGUGGUUCACAUUGAACUCUACCGCAAGAUGACUUAUUCCAAGCGGGAGGUGGCGGUGGCCAGCGGUUCUGGCUUCGUCGUGUCAGAGGACGGCCUGAUUGUGACCAAUGCCCACGUCGUGGCCAACAAGCACCGGGUGAAAGUGGAGCUGAAGAGCGGCGGCUCCUACGACGCCAAAAUCAAAGACGUGGACGAGAAAUCGGACAUCGCCCUCAUUAAGAUCGAAGCACCGACGAAGCUUCCUGUGCUGCUGCUGGGCCGCUCAUCAGACCUCAGACCAGGGGAGUUCGUGGUCGCCAUCGGCAGCCCGUUUUCCCUCCAGAACACGGUUACUACGGGAAUCGUCAGCACCACUCAGCGAGGCGGCAGAGAGCUGGGCCUCCGCAACUCCGACAUGGACUACAUUCAGACUGACGCCAUCAUCAACUAUGGCAACUCAGGAGGGCCUCUGAUAAAUCUGGACGGCGAGGUGAUCGGGAUCAACACAUUGAAAGUGACAGCUGGCAUCUCCUUUGCCAUACCCUCCGACAAGAUCCGACAGUUCCUGGCAGAGUCCUACGACAGGCAGUCCAGAGGGAGAGCAGCUGCCAAGAAUAGGUACAUUGGUGUGAGGAUGAUGACUCUCACUCCGGCGCUGGCCAAGGAGCUGAAGACUCGACUCCGUGACUUCCCUGACAUCACCUCUGGCGCUUAUGUUAUGGAGGUCAUUGCGAAGACGCCAGCUGCAAUCGGUGGACUCAAGGAGCAUGACGUCAUCAUCUCCAUCAACGGCCAGCGGAUCUCGUCAGCGACCGACGUCAGCGCAGCCAUCAAGAGGGAAGGCAACUUGAGGAUAGUCGUGCGCCGUGGAAACGAGGACGCCAUCCUCACCGUUGUUCCCGUGGAGAUCGACCCUUGACCUUCCACCAACCUUGCUGCAGGAGCUGUAGCUAUGUUUUACUCAUCACCAGUGGACCUUAUAGCAGAGGGGGGGGGCUUCUCACGACUCACCCUCUCAUUGUAGCCAGAGGCCAGUGAUGCCACACAACCAGGAAAAUUCUGGCUUUGCCUUGAAAGGAAACGACUGCGGCUGCUCUUAAAAGCGGUGCUGUACUUCCACGUGUGUCUUUCACUUUUAGUCUUUAAAGCUUUGAUCAAUGCUACUACUGUUUGGUCACAAACAUAAGAAGCUGUUUUUUGGCGUUUUUCCUUUUUUUUUUUUUUUUUUCUUUUUUAAAAAAUCUGCUUUCUCUCAUUUUGUGUCUUUUUUAAUAUGGACUCUUGCUCAGUCAGGACUUCCACUGCAAUUUUAAGCAAUUUAGAGACUCGCUGGGCAAAUCUAAUUUGUAUAAUUGUUGUUUUCUAAAAUCUUUUUUUUAAGUACUGUAGAAUGUUUGUGUUAAUUAUGUGAUGUAUAAUGAAAAAGAAAAUAAAAGGGUUUAACUUCU